UCUGAUUGAAGAAUGUUUACAAAUCCAAACCUUCCAUGAAUCAGAUCCACCGUCACCCCUCUCCGCACUCCAUCAGCUGAAUAUGGCAUUCCUUGGAAAUCUUUUCAAGACUUUGAUUGGCUCUGAAGGGACAUCUGGGAAUACUGUCACUGAAGUUGGAAUUUCACAGUUCACAAGAGUCUCAAUUGUAUGCCGUGAAGACUCCCUUGUACUCUAUGGGCCAACAAAAAAUAAUAAUUAUGAACUUCUCUUACACAAGCCAGUGGAUGACUCUCUUCAUAAGGCAUUCAGCCUCUUCCGGGUAUCAGACUCCUCUGAGGCUCAGAUUCGUUUUGUGACAUUGAAGGAUGUUCUCCCACCUCUGGCACAACACAUGCCUUAUGAAGUAGUCAAUCAACAGGCUCUUCAGACAAUUUGUGAUCUAACUCGUGAUAAUCCUACUUGGACAGUUGCUCAUAUCGCUGCAUAUUUAGGAUAUUCAAGAAUUUUUUCUAACUCGACAGUUAUGAGGUAA